AUGGACUUGACCCAAACGCCAACCCAAGAUGAUUCAUCCAUUGAGGUUGAUCAGCCAGGAAACCAAGUGAAGGCGGAUGCCAAGAUCCUCGAAAGGAAGGUCAUGGCAAAUAGGAUCUACUCUCAAAAAAAUCGAAUCAAACAGUACAACUAUAAUAUGCAACUUGAAGGGGAAGUGAGAGCUCUUCAAGUUGAACUGGCUGUUAGCCAUCCAAGGAUUAAGUAUACUGGUCUUCAAAACUCAUUGCUGCGAAAGGAAAAUGAUUCAAUCAAGAAAACUCUCUAUGCCUUGAGUACUGAACUCAUGUGGAAAGAAGCUCAAUGUGAGGAACUAAAACGAGAAAGGGACUCCCUAAAACAAUUCUACAUGGUGAAUCUUCAACCAUUAGUUCUGGGGAUGAACCAACAUCAACCUCCAGCCGGGUUCAGUCAUCCAAACAUGGCACAUCCGGGUCCAGCCGCAACCGAAGCAGUGGGCACUGCAGAGCAAAUGAGGAAUAUGAACCACCUUAACCAGCAAGAGCCACACAACUUCUUCUGA